AUGCGAAAGACAUUGUAUCCCGAGCACACCGCUUUUCAGAUCGAGUUGCUUGAUGCCAACCCUCCUCUUGUUCUUAGAGAGGCACGUUUAUCGGCCUUGAAAUAUCUCUAUAAACAUACUGCAGAUAAAUGCUGUAUUACAUCAAACCAAGAAACAAAGUAUACUAUGAAACGCGAUGAUCCAAGAACUAUCGAGCUUCGUUUCAUCAUUGUAUCUCAGUGGAAAACCGCAGGUGUCAAUUUUAGUAAAAACUGUGUCUUUGUUGAUAAAGUUGGGUUUACAUUGGUACAAGCUUGGUACAGCUCGGCGAGAGUAAACACUCCAAAAGGCGUGAGCGUUAGCAUCGUUGGUUGUAUCUCUUCUUUUGGCGCCAUUUAUUUUUCGAGAGUCGAAACUUUACAGCAAAGCGACGCAGCUCAAAUAGAAACAGAAUUUUCUCCACCAUCUUCCACUAAAAACCAAAGCUGGAUCAGCUUAGUCGAAGUCUUGACAUUUAAGUCAUUCAUCAGACUGAUUUAA